AUGUUGACGAGAGAGGGCAAAGCCAUCAGAGAAGGUGGGACCACGCCAGUAAACCUGUUGUCCCUCAACUGCAAAUCGAACAAGGAGUCACAUCUGGACAGAUCGGGAAGCCCACCUGAAAACGA